CUUCCUAUUAGUGGGCGGUCGAGUCCACAGUCCGUGCACGCUACCUGCUCGUCCGAUUUGCACCCGUUUGUGCAGUUUUCAUUGACAAUCAUCAAUAAGUACGUUACAAAGUCGUCACACAGUGGGACCCCUUUAGGUAUCAUGUCAACCAUCGGCCGAUCACCCGAAUAUCUCAGCUUCAGAAGCUCCGUUUCGCAAAAGAAGAUCGUCGUCGACGGUUCGAGUGGUAAAGCGUGGACGAUCUACGAUGCAGGACCGAAGACCGUCCGUUGUCCAUUGAUCUGUCUCGCUCCGGCGAGUGGAACAGCCGACAUCUUUUUUAAACAAAUUGUUAGCCUCUCGUCGCUCGGAUAUCGCAUUAUUGCUGCAGACUUUCCACCUCUCUGGUCGCAUUCGGAUUGGUGUGAGAGUUUUAGGCGUUUGCUUGAUCAUUUGCAUUUGGAUAAGGUGCAUCUGUUGGGUGCGUCUCUCGGCGGCUUUCUUGCUCAGAAGUUUGCCGAGCUGACGUUCAAGAGUCCUCGCGUUCAGUCUCUGGUGCUUUGUAAUGCGUUCGCUGAUACGAAUGUGUUUCAGCAGAGGAUGGCGUCUAGUGUGUUCUGGGCUCUGCCAGCUUUUGUGUUGAAGAGAAUGAUAUUGAGCAAUCUUCCAAACUAUGAAGUCGACUCGAGUAUUGCGGAUUCAAUUGACUUUCUUGUUGACAAACUAGAGGCCCUUGAUCGAAGUGACUUGGCGUCUCGUCUUACACUGAAUUGUAUGGAAGGCUACAUCGAACCACAUAAAUUUAAAGAUACGGCUGUCACAAUCAUAGAUGUAUUUGAUGAAUCAGCACUGACUCCAUCAGUAAAGGAGGAAUUGUAUAAAUGUUACCCAAAUGCAAAGCGAGCGCAUCUCAAAAGUGGCGGAAAUUUCCCGUAUGUAUGUCGGAGUGCCGAAGUGAACAUGCAUCUACAGAUCCAUCUACGACAGUUUGAUGAUACCAAGUUUACAGCAAAAGACGCCAAUUCAGAGAUACAAGUUCAGCCGGUCGCUUCUGGACACCGGAAGUCAUCAGAUCAAGAUGAGAUUAGAGCAACUGGAUAUCGUCAGCCUACAGCAGAAGAUGCUGCUGCUGCUUUGUUGUAAUAGAUAGUGUCUUCUUGUAAAGGUGCCUAUUUUGCUUUGAUUGUGGGGAUUACACUUGAUAUAGACUAACAGUAAUUCUCUUGGUGUUAUGUCCUAGUAGUUGAACUAUAAAUGAAGUCUGACCUACUUACUCUACGCAU